AUGUUCCAAUUAGUGACUAUUCUCCUUCUCCUUUGCGCUCAUUGCAGGUUUAUAUUUUCAGCCAUAAACCCUUGCCAUGGCGGUCACAGCAAUUUCAGAAACCUCUCAAAUCCACAGAAUCCCUCAAUACAAAUACAUCCACGCCGUCCGUUGGCUUCCGGUUCUCUCCGCAUUCAACCGCUUCGCCGUUCUCGCUUCCUCCGACUCCGAUUCCGACGUCUCUUCCAUCGAAAUCCACUCUUUCAAACCAAACCCUAUUUCCUUCGAUUUACAUUCUUCAUGGGCCUCUCCUUCCCCAAUCUCCUCUCUCAAAGCCUCACAGUUCCUUCAGAAAUCAGUCACGCCGCUUCAACUUCCUUCGGCUCGCUUCACUUCUUAUUCGCCGAUUCCAGCAACGCGAUGCUUGAAUCUGAGGUUUCUGUACCGGAGAAUGAGCUUCAUUCGGUGGGGAAGUCUUGUAUUGAUUUGAUCGAUAGUGGCGUUGAGUGUGUUACCGUUGGGGAUGAUGGGAAGGUUAAUUUGGUUUCGGUGGGAGAUUCUAAUUUGAAUUAUAGGAGGUUGUUUGAUAGUGAUGGGUUGGUCUCGUAUACGGCGGUGAAAUGGGCUUCGCCGGUGGAGUUUGCUACAGGGGGAUAUGGAUUUGGGCUUCAAUGGUGGGAUCAGAGGAAACCGGGUCACCCGGUUUCUAAGUUUAAGGGUAACUGCGUGAAAAGGAAAAAAGAGAGCCCACUCAAUCAGAAAUGUAUACUUUCUUUGAUUGGUUUUCCUAUUAUGAGUUUAAAAUCUGGCAGUCUUACUAUGCAAGGGAAACAACAUAUUGAAUCUUCUAGCAAAGUAAACAAUAUCAAGCAUCGUGACGAAACACCGCCUGAUGUUCGAGUACGGAAACUAAAGGAUCAGCUCAUCCAAGCUAAAGUUUAUCUUUCCCUUCAGGCAGUUAGGAACAUUCCCCAUCUCACUCGGGAACUUCGGCUACGGGUAAAGGAAGUUUCACGAACAAUUGGAGAGGCAAGCAAAGAUUCUGACUUGCCAAGGAAUGCAAAUGAGAGAAUGAAGGCAAUGGAGCAAUCAUUGAUGAAAGCAAGGCAAAUUCAAGAUGAUUGUGCCACAUCCGUGAAGAAGCUUAGGGCUAUGCUCCACUCAUCAGAGGACCAGCUUCGCGUGCACAAGAAACAGACCUUAUUCUUAACACAGUUGACAACUAAAACACUGCCUAAAGGUCUCCAUUGUCUUCCGUUGCGCCUUACAACUGAAUACUAUAACUUGAACUCUUCUCAGCAACAAUUCCCCAAUCAAGAGAAGUUAGAAGACCCUGGACUAUACCAUUAUGCAAUAUUCUCAGAUAACAUAUUGGCCACAGCUGUUGUUGUGAAUUCUACUGCUGCCCAUGCUAAGGAUUCCUCCAAACAUGUUUUCCACAUUGUAACUGAUAGGCUCAAUUAUGCGGCAAUGAGGAUGUGGUUUUUGGCCAAUCCACCUGGAAAGGCGGCAGUUCAAGUUCAAAACAUUGAAGAUUUUGCAUGGUUGAACUCGAGUUACAGUCCAUUUCUUAAGCAGAUAAGUUCUCCUUCAAUGAUAGAUUAUUACUUUAAGGCUCACUGUGCUUCUUCUGAUUCGAACCUCAAGUUUCGGAAUCCUAAGUAUUUAUCUAUGUUGAACCAUCUCCGCUUCUACUUGCCCGAAAUAUUUCCAAACCUCAAGAAAGUGCUGUUUUUGGAUGACGAUGUAAUUGUGCAGAAGGAUCUUACUGGUCUUUGGUCAAUUAACUUGAAGGGAAAUGUAAAUGGUGCUGUCGAAACUUGUACAGAAAGUUUUCAUCGGUUUGAUCAUUACCUCAACUUCUCAAAUCCUCUUAUUGCAAAGAAUAUAAACAAUGUGUUUUGCUCAUUGGUUUAG